AUGUUUAGCACAAGAACAUUCGCCAACACUUUACCCAGGGCUCAUAAUAUUACUUUCCGACGAACCAUGAGCUCCCAAGAUAAGAUCCAUUUUGGACCGUUUGAGGUCACGGGGCAGGCUAACAUGAUGCAGGUCUUCUACAAAACAGCCCACUCAUUCGCCUUGGUCAACCUGAAGCCCCUCCUUCCAGGCCACGUCCUCGUAUGUCCUCUAAAGCCUCACAAGCGUCUAACCGAUCUCCCGUCCGCCGAAGUGACGGAUCUUUUCACUACGACGCAGCUCAUUCAAAAGAUGCUGGCGCGUCGCUAUUUCACAUCGUCAUCCGACGCACCGGCGGUUCCGGAGGCGGGCUCUUUCAACAUCGCAGUCCAGGACGGCGCGGAUGCGGGGCAGACUGUCCCACAUGUUCAUGUGCACAUCAUUCCGCGUAUUGCUGGUGAGACGGGUAAGGAUGGGCCCGGCCCCCGUGAUGAGAUUUACCAGCAGAUGGCCAGUGAGGAGGGCAACGUCGGGGGCGCGCUUUGGGAUGCCGCCCUAGGGAAGAGGCCUGAGGCUGGCGGGAAUUUUGCGUCAAUUGAGGAUGCGAUGAGACACGCGAGAAGUAUGGAGGAUAUGGUUGAGGAGGCAAAGGGCCAUCCCACCUUCAACUUUUGUGACAGUGUUAGAUCUUGGAAAGCCUCGACAAUCUUCCAGGCUGCCCGAACUUUCAAAUUGCCGCCCAAGAUGCCGAGUGCAUCUUCGCCGAUCACCUUUCCUGCCAGUUCGUCACCCCCCGCAGGGAAACGCGCGAGGCCCGCCGCGGGCGACCCUACACGAUCCAAGCCAAAAGUCAAGAGUGGAUUCCUCCUUGAUGAUGAUUCCGACGACGACGACAAUGAGGCUCAGCAACCUCCCUUGAAGAAGCACAUAGUCGACUUCGGCGCCCGUUUACACCGCCCAGUACCCGCCGCCAUUAUCCCUAACGAAGAACCUCUCGAGCAGACAUCAUCGGCACAUGCCAAACAGGACGAUUACGCCCCAAUCGAUCUGACGCGAGACGUGCCGAACGAAUCAUCUCGUGGUCUUGCAUCAGCUCUUCUCAGCUCGACACCUUCAAUUUUCAAGAGCACCCGAACGUACAAGCUGACCACCUGCACCGGUGCGUCAACCACCAUCAAACAACGAAAGCCAACAACGAAUACCUCCUACGAGAGCAUCAUUGCCGCGAGAUCCAAGACAAAGGAUGGAAGAGCAAAGCGCGCAUACUAUGGUAUCGAUAUAAACGAGCUGAUCGACAAGGCGAAGUCGGAGUCUGCGGAAAGCCGUCAGCCACAGAGAAAGGAGAAUGAUGUGCCAGUUCGGUCAGUCGAGGAGCCAGUAGGCGGCAAGCGACAAAAGAAGACACUGUUGUGGACGGAGAAGUACAGGGCGAAGAACUUCCUGGACCUUUGCGGAGAUGACGGGACGAACCGUUUGGUUCUUCGAUGGCUGAAGCGCUGGGACCCAAUUGUCUUCCCUGGUGUUGCCAAAAAGGCCCCGAUCGUGCGGCGUCCAGGAGUGAAACAGACCCAAGAGGAGGAAAAACCACACAAGAAGAUUCUGAUGUUGACUGGACCCCCUGGACUUGGAAAGACGACACUGGCACAUGUUUGCGCGAGACAAGCAGGAUACGACGUUAUGGAGAUCAACGCCAGUGACGAUCGGAGUCGAGACGUCGUCAAGAACCGGAUACGAACAUCACUAGGUACCGAGAGUGUUAAAACUGUCGAGAAUAAGAAAACAAAAGAUGGAGAGCAACAACAAAAAGUCGCCCGACCAGCUUGCGUAGUUGUCGAUGAGGUGGAUGGUGUGGUUAGUGGAUCUGGCGCUUCAGGGGAAGGUGGUUUCGUCAAGGCUCUGAUCGAUCUAGUCCUGUUGGAUCAGAAGAAUAGUUCAGGCGCUUCUAACAACUCUAACCGAAAGAACAAGAAGGGGGAUGACUUUCGCCUGAUGAGACCGCUCAUCCUUAUCUGCAAUGACGUCUAUGCCCCCUCGUUGAGGCCCCUACGUCAGUCGGGCAUGGCUGACAUCAUUCACGUGGGAAAGCCAACUAUCGACGCUGUCGUUACGAGAUUGAAAACGGUUUUUGACAAGGAGGGAAUCCCGUGUGAGAAGGAUGCCGCUCGCAAGAUCUGUGAGGCCGCAUGGGGUAUGACGAGCGGCAUUGAUGCUAAGCGAGGCGCUGAGAGUGGAGCUGAAGGUGACCUCAGAGGAGUGAUGGUUGUCGGUGAAUGGGUCGCAGGGCGCUUCAGAGCGGCGGCGGACUUCAACGAUCGUUUAACGAGACAAUGGCUUGACAAACACGUGCUGCACGACCUCAGCAAUGGUGCUGGUGGAGCGAGGGGUCUUGGAAGAGGGAGUGCCAAAGAUAUCGUCACGCGCGUCUUCCAGGAAGGCGGUGGCUUUCCAAAGCAAGCUCUUGACACAACCCAGCAUUUGAAGCACCAACAUGAACAACCAAAGGCUCAGCUAGGCUUCGCCGAAUACCACAAGAAGAACGCCAUGGAGCGUUUGCGACAUUUGAUCGACACAAGCGGAGAAGUAGACAAAAUCAUGACCGACAUUUUCCUCGAGUACCCGAACCGAGAAUUCAACGACGACUCAUUCUUAUCUAAGCCCAACGAAGCCUAUGACUGGAUGCAUUUCCUAGAUACUUGUUCAUCACGAACCUUCCUAAGCCAGGAUUGGGAGCUAGCCCCUUAUCUCAGCCAGCCUAUCCUAGCAUGUCACGACCUGUUCGCUUCGCCCAAAAGAUAUCAGAUCAACAUGGGCUACGACAAGAAAUGGGGUGCGGACGGGGAGGAUGAAAACGGGGCUCCUGUGCCGUUCUCUGGUCCUCGGGCUGACUUUGCUGCUCAUGAAGCGUUGAAGCAGAACAAGAGUAUGCUUCAAGCUAUUCAAGCGCAACUUAAUCCGACUCUUGGAAGAUCGUUCCGAAGCGCGGAAGACAUUGCAACGGAUUUCUUGCCAUACCUCGUUCGCAUGGUAUCUCCAGACGUGAAGCCCGUUGUUAUCGGCGGCAGUGGCGUGAGCACGGCUAGUGUGCGGAAGGACACGGAGAAGGUGAUGGUCAAGCGGGCGGCAGAAAUCAUGGCAGAGGUUGGUAUCGUUCUGCACAAGGGCAAGAUUGAAACCGAUUCGUUAGUGAAUAGGGGGCCUCAAUGGGUGUACCGCAUGGAGCCUGACCUCGACGAACUCGCAAUAUACGAGACAGCGGGCAGCCUGUUACUCUCCAGUUCGGCACCUACACGUUACGCGGUACGCCAGGUUCUUGACCAGGAGCUGCAAAAGACCAUUGCCCUCCGCGAGAGCGCGGCACGACAGGCAAGGUUUAAGGCCGGUAAUCCGAUGGGACACGAGGAAGCCGCGGUUCACGAGGAUAAAGAAAAUGUUAUCAAGGAACAGGAAAAACUGCUUGAAGUCAGCGUUAAGAAGGACUUUUUCGGGCGUAUCAUACCGACGCGGCUACUUGGAGAAGUGGAUCCCAACGGAGGGGCUAAGAGAAAGAAACAACAAGAGGUGAAGAAGGACGAGAAUAAGGUUUGGGUUACGUACCAUGAAGGACUGAAUAAUGCUGUCAGGAAACCGAUCACAUUGGGGGAGUUUAUGAAGGUGCUUAAGGUUGCUAGAGGCGCACUAGGCCGGAGUCAGGCCCUGGCGCUUAAGCAGAGAGCUGACGGCGCGGACCCCGGGCUCAGCGACGGCAGCACUGUGAACGGCGGCGACAGAGGCCAGGAGAGCGAUGACGGUGGAGAACUGCAUUUUGAGGGAUGGAUUUGGUAG